CGUGUGCCGUAGGAUGUGCGCGGGUUCGGUCGUGGCUGGGGCGCUGGCCGCCGUCGUCGUCGCCGCGACGCUGGUCGGCGGCUCCCCAGACGUAAUCAACAUCGAACCUCACCUGUUCAAGUCCCUGGCCGACAAGCUGGGCGCCGAGCUGUGGGAGGUGGGCAGCUACGUGUCGCGCCGCCAGGAGAUCCAGGAUAGCUACAACAAGGAAAGUGGUGAGGUGCGAGCAGUGGAUGGUGAGAAACUGCUGGAGAAAAUUGCUGACAACAUACGCAACAUGACUGAAUCCAAGAUCAGCGCUAUAAAGCGAAUAAUGGACACGGCAGAGAACACUGCCAUGGCUCACCAGGAUGAUGAAGUUACUGAGUUCCCUUAUUACAAUGCCAAGAACCUUAGCAAGCCCCUCAAGCCCAAUGACACUCUCCCAGAAGGAUUCAGAGUGCUAAACUUGACGCAGAAUAAACAUUUCUACAACAUGGAAGUCAACACUUCAUUCAGUGCUGUCCAUGUUCCAACCAAUGUGUAUGAUAAAGCACCAGAUUUACUGAGAGCUGUGAAGUGGUCUGACAAAUUGGACUCUAUUUUCAUCAGCAAUUAUCAGAUGGAUCCGUCACUGUCAUGGCAGUACUUCGGCAGUUCCCUUGGCUUCAUGAGGCUCUAUCCAGCUGUGAAAUGGACACCAAAGCCUGCCGAAUUGGAAGUAGAUCUUUAUGACUGCCGUACAAGGCAAUGGUACAUAGAAGCUGCUGCAAGUCCAAAAGACAUUGUCAUUCUGGUCGACAGCUCAGGCUCAAUGACAGGCGUUCGGCGUGAGAUUGCUCGGCAGGUUGUCACAGACAUCCUGGACACCUUAGGCAUUAAUGACUAUGUUAAUGUAUUCAACUUCUCAGAACAUAUCACUGAAGUGGUUCCAUGCUAUUCAAAUCACUUGGUACAGGCAACUUUACACAACAUCAGGGAACUGAAACGUGGUAUGGAGGAAUUACACACUGACAAGAUUGCAAAUUUCUCUGCAGUCCUGAUGCAUGCUUUUGAGUUACUGCAAUCUUAUCGUGAGAGCACAUCAGGAGCCCAUUGCAAUCAGGCGAUAAUGCUAAUAACAGAUGGUGCACCUUACAACUACAAGGACAUAUUUGAAAUGUAUAACUGGCACAAACAGCCUGAUGGUGAGGUUCAGAUACCAGUUCGAGUCUUUACGUAUUUAAUUGGUCGUGAAGUGGCAGAUGUUCGUGAGGUCAACUGGAUGGCAUGUGCUAAUAAAGGUUACUAUCAACACCUCAGCACACUUGCUGAAGUCCGCGAGAAAGUCCUCAUGUAUAUACAAGUCAUGGCUCGGCCGCUAGUACUGGGACGAACUGUUCACCCAACGGUCUGGACUCCUGUGUAUGCCGACGUUACAGACCCAAAAACAACUGACUGGCUUUGGGAAAAGAGGGAAUGUAGAAAGCAGAAAGAGAUAUUCCUAGCCUCUAGAGAAUACAAUUCAAAUAAAAGUGAAGAGCACCUACGACAAUAUGUGGAGAGCUUAAAAAGGGUUACAGAUGAAAAUGCAGAUGAAACUUCCUACCAACUUAUGACAUCUGUUGCAGUGCCUGUUUAUGAUCGGAGGGAAAAUGCAAACCUCACGGAAUGGACCCUCAUAAAUGAGGCGAUAUGGGUACAAAAAAUCCGAGAGACAAAGAUAGCAGAUCUACUGGGAGUUGCUGGAACUGACGUGCCAAUUCAGGAAAUAAAAGACCUCAUGUUGCCUCACUUGUUGGGAGUAAAUGCAUAUGCUUUCAUGGUAACCAACAAUGGCCACAUACUUACGCAUCCAGAUCACCGUCCAGCAUUCCAGGGCAUCCUGAAACCAAACUACAAUAGUGUUGACAUGACAGAAGUUGAACUUGAGAAUACUGACCGAGAGGCACGUGAUUUCAGUCCAAAAAUGCUGAAGCUCCGUGAGAACAUUAUAAAUCGAAAGAAAGGAAGUGAGGUGCUUAGUGUGAAGUACCAUUAUGAUGACAUGAAACGAGCAUCAGUGGACAGGAGGCAUUACCACUACUGUCCCAUAGAGAAUACACCAUUCUCCCUCGUUGUGGCCAUUCCUGAAAAGCAGAAAGUGCUCAUUGCCCAGAAGGAGUUACGUCGUGCAUGGUCUAUUGGUGAACGUGUAAGAAAAUAUUUUAGUGGGAAUAAUUGGAAACUUCAUCCGAACUGGGCUUACUGUAGGUACCACUAUGAAACAGAGCACACAAUGAGUUCUCCUGAGGAGCAGUUCAUGCACUUUCUGAAUCGCACUCAAGGAAAAUGGCAGUGGUUAGAUAAACGGACCGUGACUCCGCCGGAGCAUGUUGCAUCACCUAACACACCAGCAGGAAAAACAGACAAACUCGCCAAGGAUUCAUAUUACUGUGACAGGGAUUUAUUCCAGGCUCUUGUUUUUGACGCCAUAGCAACAGAAUCUUUUCAGCAGAAUCUGAGCAGUUUGCACAAGGAUGACAAGGGGAAAAAACAUGGACAUUACCAGAGAAGGAAGCAGUUCCAACAACGAUUUGGAGUGACGCUGGCAUUUGUGGCAACUCGCAGUGGCUUGACUCGGUGGGAUGAUAUUGUGGGGCCUCAAGAUUCUUCACAACCGCACUUCAGUGAAAUACAUAAUCAUGCUAUAGAUGAGGUGUGGUAUAAAAGAGCAGUUGAACAUCACUAUGAAAAUAGCAAGAGUUUUGUCUACUCUGUACCAUUUGAUGCAGGUGAGAAGAAUGGAAGCCUGGUGACAGCCAGUCAUGCCAUAUUCCACUCAAAGGAUCGUCUCAGUGCCCCAGCUGCAGUUGUUGGCUUUCAGUUCCAGCACUCAGCUCUUUCAACAUUGUUCAGGAAUAUAACAUACAGUUGUCUAGAUGUUCUACCAAACUGCACUAGAAACAGAACAUGUGCAUCAGACAUUUUGGAAUGCUACCUCCUGGAUAACAACGGAUAUGUCGUCGUUUCUGAAAAUCACAGAGACACGGGAAAGUUUUUUGGUGAAGUCCGACAUUCAGUUAUGAAUCAGCUGAUAGAGCAGAAUGUGUUCCAAAGUAUACACAUUUUUGACUAUCAAGCUGUGUGUUUCAGACCAAAGUCAACAGAUAAUGCAGCAUCAUUUCGCAUCACACCCUUGACACACUUUUUAAAGCUGCUAGACUGGUUGAUUGGAAAUGUUGUGUGGUUAGCAGCUCAUACAAACUUACAUCUCAUGUGGCUGCAAGAUGAUGUGGCUGCUACAGCUAUUUCUGGGGCAUCUUCACAGCCUGAUCCAGGAGAUGAAGAGUAUAGAGAUGAAGAUAAUGAAGAGGAAAACAUUGUGUCAUCUGAAGGUGGGAAAACACCUGAAAAGCAGUAUGAAAAGUGGACUAUCAAACGAACACGUCCACAACCUUGCGACAUGGAGGUGACAUUAUAUAAACUAAAUAGGUCGCUUCCACGAAUUUCACAUAGUAUCACCAGUAAGUGUGCAAGACCUUUUGAUAUCCAAGAAGUUCAGUUGAGUAAUCUGGUGCUGGUGGUUGUGAACUCACUAUGCGUAACAGACGACAGUACUCGUAUCAGUACAAUGCCAGUGGAGGUAUCAUACAAUACGACGCUAGCAUGCUACAAAGAGUGGCACGCACUGCACAGGCGGAGGCCUCCUUUUUGCAUAAACAACCAUACGCAGGAGAAAGAAGUUGAACUGUGUGGAGAUGCAAGCCACCUUUGGGUUUCGUAUGUGAUGCUUGCUUUAAGCUGGGCAGUUGCUGGCUUUAUCUCGUAAUAUGGGAAAUAACAGAGAAGUAACUUAUUGUCUGUGAUAUUUUGACUGGUGCAGAAUCUCCAGUAUGUAUUUCAAUGCUACACUCAGCAUUUUACAUGUUCAGGAGCUCAAUGUAUACAUAAAUAUUUCACAUUUAACUUGCAUCUAUACUAUUUCUGAUGCAUUAUUAGUACUAAAUUUAAUACCAAAAUUUAUUUAUGUUGCAAAUGUAUCUUCCGAACUGUUAACACUUAAUUAUGUUAUUGGCUAUAUUUUGUUAUGUGAACAAUUGAUUGAAUUUGUGGUGAGAAUUUUUAUAUCAGUUUUUGAAAUGUAACUAUUUAUGAAAUAAAACAUGUAAUAUAUCUUGUUGUCAUGUGUACAAGCACAGAAAAUAUACUCAACUUUGUAAUUUGAACAUGAGGGUGUUCAAAAACAGUGCAAGACUACAAAUAUUUUUCUCAGAUAAAUCAUUUUUCAAAACUGACACGCAGUAAUGGUGUGGUGCCAGGUGAAGAUUAUUGAAACUACUUGACUUGUACUGUUGCUUUCCCUCACUUUUUAUGAUGUGAUGUAAAAUUGUGGUUGCCAAUGGUCCAUAGACAGAAAAUAUUUGACUGUCAUUCAUGAACCUCCAGAUUACUGUUCUUAUCAUGUCAACAGCCAGUAA